AUGGCUAUCGGCCCACGUAUUCCCUAUUCGCUUAUCGAGGUCAUUUGUUUGAAGAAGGGUCAGAAUUUGGGGUCAGAAAGGGAAAGUCUUGGUAUACCAGGAACGCAAGGCUCAAGAAAAAACGUAAUAUCUUAUGCUCUUACCUCGAGAUGUAGCCCAGAAAAGGAAGGUAAAGGAGUGUUGAAAUACCUGCAGUAUAAUAUAAUUGACAGGUGGUUCUAUGAUGUAUUCAAACGAGAGUUUUUCUUUUUCACUGUGGUAACCCCUUUAUUCAAAUAUAUAUUUCAAGAUUUGGGAGGUGUGAGAGGCAGAGUGUGCUGGUGUACUAGCUGCCUCGAUAAAGUGAGGAUCUCAGUUAGGGACAAUGACUCUACUCAAAGUCACAUCACUCUGGCGGGCAUUUCAUGUAGAUCAAAAGUCACAUUUUUGCCCUUUAUCCUUCCUAUACUCUUACAAGAUCAACAGAACAAUCCAAAGGGAUUCAGAAUGAACAAUCAGAAAGUAGGCAUUCUCGGAGGUGGCCAGCUUGGCCGUAUGAUGGUGGAAGCUGCUUCCCGCCUGAAUCUUGAGGUCAUUAUCCUUGACGCACCAGAAAAUGCACCAGCAAAACAAAUCGAAGCUACCCAGAGCCACAUAUCCGGAGCCUUCAACGACGCAGCCAAGAUUCGUGAAUUGGCUGGAAAAGUAGACGUCCUGACAGUUGAAAUUGAGCAUGUUGAUGCCCAGGUUCUCGCAGACAUUGAGAAUGAAGGGAAGGUUAAGGUACACCCUUCUGCUUCCACAGUGAAGGUUAUCCAGGAUAAAUUUGUCCAGAAGAAUCACUUGAGAGCAAAUGGUAUUCCCGUAGCUGCAUAUGUCGAAACACCCAAUUCCAACGCUGUCCUUGAAGCUGGAAAACAAUUUGGAUACCCGUUCAUGCUCAAGUCAAAGACUUUGGCCUAUGAUGGUCGUGGAAACUACGUUGUAAAAUCUGAAGCCGAUAUUAAGUGUGCAAUGGAGACCCUCUCAAAAACACCCUUGUACGCUGAGAAGUGGGCUCCUUUUACAAAGGAAUUAGCUGUAAUGGUGGUUCGUCGCGCAAAUGGCGAAGUUCGCUCAUACCCAGUUGUUGAGACUAUCCACAAGAACAGCGUCUGUCAUUUGGUGAUCGCUCCAGCUCAGGUCAGUGGCGAGGUUCUUAAGAAAGCCCAGGUUAUCGCAGAGAACGCCAUCAAAACAUUCACUGGUGCGGGAAUAUUUGGUGUUGAGAUGUUUGUUAUGAAGGAUGGUGAAAUCCUUUUGAAUGAGAUUGCUCCUCGUCCUCACAACUCUGGCCACUAUACUAUCGAAGCAUGUGAUACUUCUCAAUAUGAGAACCAUAUGCGCGCCAUCCUUGACAUGCCUCUUGGAUCUACUGCCAUGAAGGUACCUGCCUCUAUUAUGGUGAAUAUCCUCGGUACUUCUGACAGCAUGGAGCUGUGCUACCGUCCAUGCAAAGAAGCUCUUUUAACAGAUGGAGCCACAAUUCAUCUUUAUGGCAAGAAAGAAUGCAGAGCUGGUCGUAAGAUGGGCCACAUCACUAUCGUUGGUGAAUCGAUGAUGCAAGUUCAGAAGCGCCUGAAGCCAAUUCUCCACGCCAUUGAACCUGAGAUUGAACGUCCCUUGACUCUUCGUCCCUUGGUGGGUAUCAUCAUGGGAUCAGAUUCUGAUCUUCCUGUGAUGAAGGUCGGUGCACAGAUUCUUAAGAACUUUGGAAUCCCCUUUGAACUUUCCAUUGUGUCUGCCCACAGAACUCCCAUGCGCAUGGUUGAGUACGCUCAAUCCGCUGCUGAUCGUGGACUCAUGGCUAUCAUUGCCGGUGCAGGAGGCGCAGCCCAUCUUCCUGGAAUGGUUGCUGCCAUGACACCGCUGCCGGUCAUCGGUGUCCCCGUUAAGGGCACUCAUCUUGAUGGCGUUGAUUCUCUCCACAGCAUUGUCCAAAUGCCCCGUGGAAUUCCUGUCGCAACUGUUGCAAUUAACAACAGCACCAACGCAGCUUUACUCGCUAUUCGUAUACUUGGUGCCUCUAUUCCCAGCGUGCAGAAGCAGAUGUCAGAAUAUAUGAAGCAAAUGGAGGGCGAAGUUCUUCAAAAAGUCGACAAGCUCGAUAACGUUGGUUGGGAGAACUACUGAACUCAUAAUAAAAUCCGCCACUGAGAAAUAAUAAUAAUAAGCAGAGAUCUAAAGUAUUGAACCACAAUUACAGUAGAAAACUCUGCCUCUUUUACAUCAAUAAACACCAUCUUGCAUACUCUUCAAUU